ACACACACACACACACACACACACGUCGCACAUAUCGAUUGGAAACGAUUCACUUUUGCACUAAUCGUUGCCCUGGAUACAAAUCAAUCAACGGACCGUGCGAAAUUCCCCGUUUGCUAAAACAAAACCAGUCCGAUAGUUGCGAUGUCCAACGAUGGGAGCAACAAAAGUUCGAACUCGCACUCCGAAUCGUCGAGCAGUUCCCCGAACCAAAACCAGCCGUACUUCCACUUGGACGGGAAAGAUUCCAUGUCCGAUUUGAGUUCCUCGACGUUUUUCAGAAGUGGAACGGUCAGAAGAGUCAGUGCCGGUUCGAAGAAAGACGUGGAGGUGGAAAAGGAAGAGCAGGAGGAGCAGGAGAAAAGUCCUGAUGCCAUUGUGCCGGAACGAUACAGGAAAUCGCUCGACAGUACGUACAGACACAGUUUGGAAUCGAUACAUGAGUACAAGACGUACUCGACGUCCAGUUUGGUACAAAAUUCUUCGUCGGACCUGCAAGACUUCGCUCAAAUUGACAAUGACAAGACGAUUAUGAGCCAAAGUUCGAGCUACCUGAGCUGGAUCGAAAGCGUGAACAGCGAGUAUUUCGGAUCGGGUGCUCCCAGUAACGAUUUCAACGAUUGCGACAACAAGGUCGGCGAAUGGAACAACUUCUGGUUGAACUACAAUAGUGCACGCAGUAAAUAUCUCUCCAGCACCUAUUUAUAUUCGCAAGAGGACAAGGAGAAGGAUAAAGUGGAGGACUUUUCGGAAGUGAAGAGUACGUGCAGCACUCAGAGAGACCUGACCGACAAGGGUAGCAGCGAGUGCGUGACGUUAACGUUGGAGGAAGUGAACGAGGCGCUCCGGUGUGUGCAAAAGGUUGUCGACAUUUUGCAGAUUGCCUCCAGGAGGGCCGAUCACGACUUCGAAGAUACGAACAAUUCGUUUUAUUCUCAGAGUUUUACCAGACAGAGUUCCUCUAUCAAAGAAGUGGACGUGGCGACGGUCGUGACGCGCGAACGUUCCUUCUCCUACGCCGUGGACGCACAAGACCUUCAAAAACAGAAACUGCUUAUGAAAAACACUCCUCAGUCUUCGAGCACGAGUUGCAUCAACGCACUCUUGAACACCGGCGUAGCCGACAUGUUGAAGAGGGUUAUUACCAAAAGGAAGGAUGGCGCAUCGACUGAAGAUGGACGAGGAUCAUUUUCGGGAUCGUUUCCGGACUGGUCCAGUGCCAAGUGACGGUGUGAUAAAGUAACAUAAUUGUACUUUUUGCCGAGAUGCUUUAAAAGCAAAUGUGUGCCAGUUAAUUGAUUUCUUAAAUUGUAUUCGUAUUUGUGAAUUGUGUUUUUAAUGAGAAUCAAUAAAAUAAUCGAA